AUGGCGGAGGCUGAGAGACAUAGCGAGAAGCGCGGCGACGUUUUCGCUGGACUUAGAGUUCAAUCUGCGUAUCAGGAGGCUCCGGAGAUCAUUUCGCGGGGCUCACGUCGGCCCUUCAUCCCCUUCCUCGCUGUUCUUUAUGCCAAAAAUCGAGAAACUGGAGAAAUAGUUGCACUGAAGAGGGUCAGACUAGAUGAUGAUGAUGAAGGGGUUCCUUCCUCCGCCCUCAGAGAAAUAUGUUUACUCAAGGAGUUGAAACACAAGAAUAUUGUUGCUCUCUACGAUGUUCUACAUUCUGAGCGAAAACUAACUUUAGUCUUCGAGCAUUGUGAUCAGGAUCUGAAGAAAUAUUUUGAUUCUUUAAACGGUGAAAUUGAUGCUGAUGUUGUCAAAUCAUUAAUGUACCAACUCCUCAGUGCUGAAGUAGUAACCCUCUGGUACAGACCUCCUGAUGUACUUUUUGGAGCUAAACUAUACACUCCUAGUAUUGACAUGUGGUCCGCGGGAUGUAUUUUCGCUGAACUUGCGAACGCCGGUCGACCUCUAUUUCCUGGUAGUGAUGUAGACGAUCAAAUAAAAAGGGUGUUUAAACUGCUGGGAACGCCUACUGAAGAAGUAUGGCCGGGAAUGUGUAGUUUACCAGAUUAUAAACCCUUUCCUUUAUACAACCCUUCACUUACACUUCACCAGGUUGUUCCUAAACUACCCACACGAGGUCGGGAUCUUCUUCAGCGAUUGCUAGUCUGCAACCCCGCAGGAACAUGUAUGAACACGGGCUACCUGUACAACGCGCAGGGAAGCUAAGGUAGAGAGGAACGGAAGGAGACAGAGAAGGAAAGAACAGAGAGAGAGACCCACAAU